AUGGCAAGUCCAGAUAGAAGUAAACGGAAGAUAUUAAAAGCAAAAAAAACAAUGCCUGCCAGUUGCCGGAAGCAAAUAGAGAUCCUCAAUAAGUCAAAGAAUGUUGAAGCACUGAAAACAGCAGCAAUUGGAAAUAAUGUGUCAAGUGAUAAUCAGAAUUCAAGUAUUGGUGUCAUAAAUAACAAGUGUAGACAUUCUGAAAAUGACGCUCCUUCUUUGGACUCUACCAAAAAUUCAAUAUGCUCGCAAAAAAGUAAUAUAGUUUCUCAGAAUGUAAUAAAACCACUAGAAUUUGGUUUGGAAACAAGAUUGCAGUACAUUGAAGAACAAGUUGUAUGCCUUUACCAAAAGCCAAGUAAACCAAUAGAAUCUCCCAGGAAACUGUCUACACAAGAUGCAAAAGAUUCACAAAACACUUCUGAAAACCAUUUUGAAUAUCAGGCAAAUGUAACAAGAUCCUUUUUUGAACAACACAAAGUGGAUUGUAAUCUGAAAUCCACUAGUGAUCCACGCAGUGUAUUGAGUGGUAUAGUUCAAAUGCCAGAGUCUACAGUAAUCAAUUCCUUGGAUGAUAAGAGAAUUGAUAAGAUGGUUUCCCAAUUAGAAACACAUUAUAAAAGGCAAAAUAACAUUUUGACUUUAAGUUCAGACACCCGUUUUGUCCCUGUUGAUAAAACACAUAUGGUGGUGAAUUCAAUCAUUUCUAGUAACUGUAUUGCUGACAGUUUGAAAGGUGAAGAAUCCUGUAGAGCCUGUCAUUCCAGCAUUUCAGAUUGUGAAAAUACAGACUCAACAUGGCUGUCAUCACUUGACACAGAUAGGAGUAACAGCCAUAAUCAAAAGAAGAGGAUGUUUUCAGAAAACAAAGAAAAUGUUAAGCGCAUGAAAACUUCAGAGCAAAUUAAUGAAAAUAUUUGUGUAGCUCUGGAAAAGCAAACAGCAUUGGUGGAACAGGUCAGACAUUUGAUUCAACAGGAGAUCUGUAGUAUAAAUUACAAACUAUUUGAUAACAAACUGAGAGAAUUGACCGAACGCAUUGGGAAGAUACAGUGCAGGAAUAAACAUGAAGCAAUAGCUGAUGAACUCAUCGCAAGAGUAGCAAAACUUCAAAAGUGUAUUAAAAAGAUAUUGUUAUCUCAAAGGAAUUGUUUGGAUCCAAACAUGUUACCCAGUAAUACAGACUGUAAGGUUGCAAAUUCAGAGACUUUAAAUUUGGAUAAGAACCCAGAGUCCAUUAAUAGUUCAGAUGAAAGAAAGACUUCUUUGAACUCUGCACCUUCUAACCCUUCUGAAAAAGCAAGUGAAAAGAUUGAUUUGUCACAGGAUCAUGAUGAGGCUGUUUCUGAAAGUAAUAAUGAUGAUGUUAUGUUGAUUUCUGUGGAAAGCCCUAGUUUGACAACACCAGUUACAUCAAAUCUAACAGGUUCUGGAAAAGUUACAUCAGGAAAUUCUAAUAAUUUACCUAAUGCUGAUACUGAAGCUAUAGAGAAAAAGAAAUUUGGUUCUGUGAUUGAUCUGACAAAAGAAGGCCUAUCAAACUGCAACACAGAAAAUCCAGUAUCCAUACUGGAGUCAUCUAUGAAAUCUGUUUCAAUCUCAAAAGAGACAACCCCAGUGACACAAAAUGCAGCCCAGGUUCUUGAGUCUUUUGAGCAUCUGCCACCUCUCCCAGCACCACCACCCCUACUGCCUGAACUGAUAGAAAAAAUUCAAGACACACUGCCUCCCCAGAAGCCUGAGCUCAAAGUGAAACGGGUGCUGAGACCCAAGGGCAUUGCCCUGACUUGGAACAUCACCAAAAUCAAUCCCAAGUGUGCUCCAGUGGAAAGCUACCACCUUUUCCUGUGCCAUGAGAACCCUACUAAUAAGUUGAUUUGGAAGAAAAUUGGAGAAAUUAAAGCUUUACCACUCCCAAUGGCCUGUACUUUAUCACAAUUUUUAGCUUCCAACAAAUAUUAUUUUCUGUCCAAUCAAAAGACAUUUUUGGACGAUAUGGAUCAUUUUGUGAUAUAA